AUGGCCGCGAAUGCAUAUGGUAGCCAGGAAUCAGCGUCGGAGCUGCCACCGCUGGAAGAGCUGUUUCGCCAAGUAUCCGGCAGCAAAGGCGAGUCGACAAUCAGAAGACAAGGGGGUGAUGGUUACAAUGAGAAAAACGCCAGAGAUGAGGGAAACACCAGGGAGAGCAGCACCGACAAGGACAGCGUCAAUAAGAACAGCAGCAACCGGAGCGAUAGCAUCAGCGUCAGCAUCGACGACGACGACGACGACACAAGCACGGAAAUGGCCAGCCAUGGCAAAGACGACAACAGCCUCGAUCUCGACUUCAUCCCGCCUCUAACAAACACCUCCGCCGCCAUCUUCGUCCCCAUCACAGAGUCCACCAACCUUCUCGCCGCUCCCCAGUUCGUCCCCGGCUCAGUCGAAUACCACCGCGCCGCCCUCGCCGUCGUCACCAGCCAUGAGGCCUCGGUCCGCAACAACAUCCAGGCCUACUACCAGCGCGAGAUGCGCCGCAUCAACCGCGAGGCCGAAGCCCGCGACCCGUCGUUUGACUACUUCUCCGCCGUGGCAGAGGUGCGGAAGCAGCACGAGCCCGCGCUGAGGGACGACCUGGACAGCAUCAUUGCGAAAAUGCGCGAGCGCGACAAUCCCGCCGCCGACUACAGCGUCAAGACCGUUCCGAUGCCUGACAUGGACAGGGUGCCCGUGACGUACGUGCCGCUCAACUCGCCCCGGGAAAUCGCCGCUCGGGACGUCAUGAAGGUCAUUGUGGCUGCCACGCAGGAGAUUUCUUCCUUUGACCACCACGUCCGCGGCAUGAGUGACGCCAUCAGGGUGCAGAUGCAGGCCGCGGCCUUGCGACAGAAGCAGCAGGGCCGGAUGGACGUCGACUAG